AUGGAACGAAAACAGAGCAAUGGUAGUAGCAAUAGUACCUUAGAACUGUUGGCAAAAUAUAAUGACCACAGGUCCCAAAAGGAGAAGGCAUUUGAACACAUUGAAAGAAGGACAGUAAGUGAAGAUAAUAGUUUAACGUAUGACGAAUUGCUGAAGGAAAAUGUGAGGCUGAAAUUACAAAACAAGGAAUUGCAAGACGAAGUAGAAGCUCUAUACAAAAUUGUGGACUCCUUAAAGAGUGGGAAAUCGACACCACAUCAAAACACAACGUUGAGUCAAAUAAUUGAAAAACAUGAUGAAGAUGAGAGACCAGAGCAAGAACUCGUAUUACCACCAAGAUCGGCAGAUAGAAAUAAACAUGGAAAAAAUUUGCAUCUGCCCGCAAAUCUACCACCAAGUACAACUGAAGCACCCGCUAUCGACGUAACUGGUGAAUCUAGUAGUAAUAAGAGCGGUAAUUCUAGCGAAAUACACCAGCCAAACGAGGAUGCUGAAAAGGAUACAACACGGCCGCCACCAGUAUCACAGGGAAAUACCGAUGGCAGUGGAAGUCCCGCGGCUUCUACUACCUAUACAAGUUCAAGGAUUACAGUAUCACACCCAAGUAGCCCUCGUAGACCAUUGACGGAAAACAAGCUGAGGUCACCUCAAAGUGCCAAUAGGUCGGCUACGGUAAUUAACAACCAAUUGCAUUCACCAAUGGCAUCUGCGUUUGGGGGUGAGACAAGUAUCAACUUAAAGGUGGGCACUGAGCCGCUACCAUCCCCGCCUACUGAGAUGGAAAAGAAAUUUGGAUUAGAUGAAAAAUCGACGCCCUUAUUACACAACAUUAAAUUACAAUCUCCUGACGAAUUUUCACCUGCAUCUAAACAAAACUUGAACAAUUUUGCAGAUUAUUUGGAUGAUACGUUUAAGGAUGAUGCAGGGUCAAUAGAUACGAUAACGGAGAAAACAGUUCCUGAUAAUAGAUCUCCUGCUGGUGAUAAUAUGCCAUCGCAUGCACCACCACCAGUGCCUUCUCCACAACACAUAGAGGCCCCUAACCAGUCACUUUCAGCGGCUCAAUUAGGUUCCCCUGUAUUACUAAACCGUAAGGAUCAUUCAAAACAAUCAAGAGAUAUCAAAUCACCUUUAACAUCAACUUUCGCCAACUCUCGAAGCCGUGAUAAUUUAAAUGAUAAUUCCAUACUAGGGACAACAUCUACGGAAUCUCUCUCUACAAAAUCUGUGUCUACGGCAGCAUCUAACGCUGGAUCUCAUGCAGAUGCUGCCUCCAGAAUAAGAAGACCCCAUGCAGAAAGUGUAAGCACUGUAGAAUCCGCGGCACCAAGUGCUACGUCUGAUAUACCACUAUUUGUGCAACCAGAGGAGUUCGAUACCAUUAGAAUGGAAGUUAUAAGUUCGUUGUUUUUUGAGACUGAAAAUUUUGAUCAUCCUCAAAUCCUUUUUAGUGUUAUUGAUCGUAAAUCUAACAAGGAGAUUUUCAAAUUUGCGAAAACAUUUAGGAAAAUUUACGACUUGGAUAGUUAUUUGAGACAGCGGCUCCCUUCGUCCACGCUAACACCCUUACCUGAUAGACAGAUAUUUGACACUUUAGUGCCUUCCAAAGUGGAUGUUAGGCGUGAGAAAUUGAAUCAAUAUUUUACGACGUUAUUCAGGGUUUUAGAGUUAGCACCUGCCCUAAACUUAAAGCUCGCACAAUUCAUGAGCACCGAUACAGUCAUGAAUCCUAUCAUGGUUGGUGAUACAACAAAGGAAGGUUCAUUGCUAAUGAGGAAGGCAAAAGCCUUGGGUAAUGCAAGUAACUGGAGGAUACGGUAUGGUAUUUUACGUGGUGAAAUUGUACAAUUAUUUGACAAAGGUCAACUGGCGGAAACUAUUAAUUUGAAGCAGUCAAGCAUCGAGUUACUACCAAAUUUACCAGAAGACAGACAUGGUACCAAAAAUGGAUUUUUACUCACUGAACAUAAGAAGAGUGGAUUAUCAAGUACUGCAAAAUAUUACCUAUGUUCGGAGACCUCCAAGGAAAGGGAAUCGUGGGUAGCCGCCGUCAGUGAGUUUGUACUAAGCCCAGCACCAGCACCAGCACCAACAUCACUAUCUGCUCCUUCUGCACCAUCUCUAAACACCUUUGGAGACGAUGCUGCCUCAUCUACUUACAAGUCAGAUACAUCUGUUGAUCAGAUAUAUGUGACAGAUUUGACUGAACCGCCAUCAAUUUCUCAAAACAAUGACAGCAGUUCAGCUUCAUCUCCUCGUAUUGCCACUGAGGCAUCAGAAGACGAUAAGGACAAUAGAAGGCUAAAGAUGAGAAGUUUCUUUCCUUUCAAAAAAUUGACAUCUGGUGCAUUUAGUCUGGGCUCAGACGCUACUGAGGCGGAGACUGUUAAUUCACAAGAAUCCGAGCCCAAGUACUCUGAUAAUUCUAUUGCAAAAUCUUUGGAAAGUAUGAAUUUAACAGAACCUACAAUGACAGCAGUCUUCGGCAGCCCCGUAGAUAAAUGCCUACAGUUAAGUUCCCACUGCUAUCAGGGUAAACACGACAUACCGAGUGUGGUUUAUCGAUGCCUCGAAUUUUUAUAUAGAAAUCGUGGUAUUCAAGAGGAAGGUAUAUUCCGCCUUAGUGGUUCAAGUGCACUGAUAAAGUCGUUACAGGAACAGUUCGAUCGUGAGUACGAUAUCGAUUUGUGCAACUAUAAUCAAAACGUAGCGAACUCUAGUACAGGCACUAAUCUGCUAGGUCUUUACGUGGACGUUAAUACUGUAAGCGGUCUGUUAAAACUUUAUCUGAGGAAACUACCUCAUGUUAUAUUUGGCGAAGAACAAUACCCAAUGUUUAAAAAAGCUGCCGAUAACAAUCAUGACAAUCCUGCCCAGAUCGCCCUUGAAUUCAAAAAUAUUAUCCAGAGCAAUGUGGUUCCUCAGCCUAAUUUCUCGCUGAUGUACGCACUUUUUGAACUUUUGCUUAGAAUCAAUGAGAACAGCCGUGCCAAUAAGAUGAAUUUGCGUAACUUGUGCAUAGUCUUUUCACCGACGCUAAACAUCCCAGUAACUGUUCUUCAACCUUUUAUCACCGACUUUAGCUGUAUUUUCCAAGAUGGACAGCCAGUGGAUCAACAGCUGAGAGAAAAGAUAGAUCUCCAUAUCCCUGGAAUGUAA